GGAUGCUUAAAGUGCGACCAAAUACCUUUGUGCAAGUGUUUCAGGGUCCUGAGAUUGUACUUGUUAAAUUGAGAACGACAAUUGAAAUUAUGCCAAGCGUUAAAUCAAAAAGGGGCGUAAUAUUUAAGGAAAGGAUGUAUGAUAGCGAAAUUGGUGAUACAUAUCCAAGUUUUAUGUAA